UCGGCGCGGAGCGUGUGCGCGGCGGCCCGCGGUGCUCCGGUGGCGGCAGCGCUCUGGCCGCCGGGCGGGGGAGGAGGUGCUAGACUCCAGCGCCGCUUGCCGGCAACGAGGAGGAGCGGAGCGGCUAGCGAGGCGGCCGGAGGAGGAAGGAAGGAAGGGAGGCAGGGAGGGAGGGAGGCAGGGAGGGAGGAGCAGCGGCGCUCGGUCGGCUCCGCAGCGCUGCUGCCGCCACCGCCACCACCACUUCCCCGCUGGGCGCUAGCCUGCCCGGGAAACCGAUCCGCUCCCUGAAACUCUCGGCUCGCCUCUCGCCGCGGCGGCGGCAGGGUCUCGGCAGGGCUCUCCGCCGCGGCGAGGGGGCGGGGGGGGGCAACUUCUCGCACUUCUCCGGAGAGGACUUGGGGCUGCCCCGCGCCGGGGGCGGCGGCGCCUGGGGUCCCCGCCGCCCGCCGCGGCGGGAGAACUUUCCCCUCCGAGCGCGGGGCGGCGAGUGGGGCCCGGGAGCGCCGGCCGCGGCGGGAGGAGCGCGGCGGCGGCGGCGGGGCCGGCCCGGCGGCCGCGGAGAUGAAGCUGAGCCGGCAGUUCACGGUGUUCGGCAGCGCGGUCUUCUGCGUGGUGAUCUUCUCCCUCUACCUGAUGCUGGACCGCGGCCACUUCGACCACCCGAAGAGCCCCCGGCGGGAGGGCACCUUCCCCAAGGGCCAGCUUUCAAUACUGCAAGAAAAAAUAGAUCACUUAGAACGCCUGUUGGCAGAAAAUAAUGAGAUUAUUUCAAACAUACGAGAUUCUGUGAUCAAUCUGAGUGAAUCAGUAAAGGAUGGUCAAAAAAAUCCAGAGGCUAUAAACUUCAGUCAAGGAUCUGUCUCUGAGCUCUUUCCUUCUGCUUCAGUUUUGCUUGCAGUUGAUUCUGAGGAUUGUUUGUUUGCUUCAAAAAGUGGAACUCAUGGUUCAGGUGUACAGAUGUUGGAUGUCUAUGACAUUCUUCCUUUUGAUAAUCCAGAUGGUGGCGUGUGGAAACAAGGAUUCGAUAUCACAUACAAUGAAAAUGAAUGGGACAGUGAACCACUUCAAGUUUUUGUCGUGCCUCACUCACAUAAUGACCCAGGUUGGCUGAAGACUUUUGAUGAUUACUUCAGAGAUCAGACACAGCAUAUCUUAAAUAAUAUGGUUAUAAAACUGCAAGAAGACAACCGAAGGAAAUUUAUGUGGUCUGAGAUUUCUUACUUUUCAAAAUGGUGGGAUGGAAUAGAUAGCCAAAAAAAGGAUGCCGUUAAAAGGUUAAUAAAAGAUGGACAAUUUGAAAUAGUAACAGGAGGAUGGGUCAUGCCUGAUGAAGCCUCUCCUCAUUAUUUUGCUUUAAUUGACCAACUGAUAGAAGGACAUCAAUGGCUAGAAAAGAACCUUGGAGUAAAACCAAAGUCUGGUUGGGCAAUUGAUCCUUUUGGGCAUUCACCAACAAUGGCCUACCUUCUCAAACGCACAGGAUUUUCCAAUAUGCUUAUACAAAGAGUUCAUUACUCAGUUAAAAAACAUUUUGCAAUGCAGAAGACACUGGAAUUUUUUUGGAGACAGAACUGGGAUUUGGGAUCCAGUACAGAUAUCCUUUGUCAUAUGAUGCCUUUCUAUAGCUAUGAUGUUCCUCAUACUUGUGGUCCAGAUCCAAAAAUCUGCUGCCAGUUUGAUUUCAAACGUCUUCCUGGAGGAAGAGUAAGCUGUCCAUGGAGAGUUCCACCAGAAGCCAUUCAUGCCGGAAAUGUUCAACACAGGGCUUGGAUGAUUUUAGAUCAAUACAGAAAGAAGUCAAAGCUUUUCCGUACUAAAGUUCUGUUGGCUCCACUAGGGGAUGAUUUCCGCUAUGCUGAGAGCUCAGAAUGGGAUCAACAGUACCAGAAUUAUCAGAAGCUGUUUGACUAUAUGAAUUCUCAUCCUGAGUGGCAUGUUAAGGCCCAGUUUGGAACUUUAUCAGAUUACUUUGAAGCUCUGCGCAAAGAAAGCAAUUUGGGUGAAAAGAGGAGCAAUUCAUUUUUCCCUGUUUUAAGUGGAGACUUCUUCACCUAUGCAGACAGAGAUCAUCAUUACUGGAGUGGAUACUUUACAUCGCGACCCUUCUAUAAACGACUGGAUAGAGUCCUGGAAUCCUACUUACGGGCAGCUGAAAUCAUCUACUCCUUGGCUUUAGUACAGUCCAGUAAAUCUGAGAAGAUGAGUGUAUUUCCUUCAGUGGAUAACUAUAAAUUGCUGACAGAAGCUCGGAGGAACCUUGGACUCUUUCAGCAUCAUGAUGCUAUUACAGGAACAUCUAAAGAUUGGGUAGUUGUGGAUUAUGGCACUAGGCUUUUCCACUCAAUAAUGAACUUGAAGAAAGUGAUAAUUGACUCUGCUCAUAUUCUUAUCCUGAAGGAUAAAGGAGCUUAUAAUUAUGACACAUCAACUCCAUUCCUGAAGAUGGAUGAUGUUCAGUCUUCCCAAGAUUCUUUGCCACAUAAGACAGUUAUAAAGCUGACAUCGCAACCAAGGUACCUUUUGAUAUAUAAUCCUACAGAACAAGAGCGAUUUUCAGUCGUUUCAGUCAAUGUCAAUUCACCCAGAGUUAAAUUAUUAUCUCCUUUGGGAAAACCUGUUGUUAUCCAGAUUAGUGCUGUUUGGGAUGGAGCAACUACAGUAUCACAUGAAGCAUAUCAGAUCUCUUUCGUGGCGCAUCUACCACCUCUGGGGAUUGGAGUUUACCAGCUUUUGGAGGUUCAGAGUUCAGAAGCAGUUUUAGCAGACUAUAAUAUAUACAUGAGGAAUAGUAGGCAGGAGAAGCCAGACAAACUUUUCAAGAUAAAAGAGAUGCAGCAUUCUGUGGAUAAUAUAAUAUUAGAAAAUUCUUACAUGAAACUGUGGUUUUCUGGAAUGUCUGGAUUACUGGAGAAAAUAAAUACCAAAGAAGAUGGUAAAAAUCAUCAAAUGAAGGUGGAGUUUGCUUGGUAUGGAACUACAAGUAACCGGGAUAAAAGUGGAGCUUAUCUCUUCUUACCAGAUGGAGACGCCAAGCCUUAUAUUUUUACAGAUCCACCUACCAUACGAGUUGCUUAUGGAAGGAUUUUCUCAGAAGUUGUAUGUUUUUUCCACCAUGUGACACAUACCAUGCGACUGUAUAAAGUACAGGGUUUGGAAGGCCAGUCUCUUGAAGUUUCCAACAUUGUGGAUAUUAGAGGAGAAUACAAUCGUGAGCUUGCGAUGAGAAUUUCAUCUGACAUAAACAGUCAAAAUAGAUUCUAUACUGAUCUUAAUGGAUAUCAGAUCCAGCCCAGACUGACAAUGAGCAAAUUGCCUCUUCAAGCAAAUAUAUAUCCUAUGACUACAAUGGCUUAUAUCCAAGAUGUUGGUGUUCGUUUGACACUUCAUUCAGCUCAGUCUCUAGGUGUUGCAAGCUUGAAAAAUGGUCAGUUGGAAGUGAUCAUGGAUCGUCGUCUUAUGCAGGAUGACAACCGUGGCCUUGGACAAGGUGUCCAAGAUAACAAGAUUACAGCUAAUAUCUUCCGGCUUCUGCUGGAAAGAAGACAUGGAACAGAUGUGGAAGGCCUUACUCAUUCCUGCUGCAAGCUCUGGUGGUACGGCAGAAUCCUUCUUAAAGGAGGGAGAAAGGCUGCAAGUUCAGCUGCUGCUGCUUCUUGUAUUCUCAAGUGAAAUAACUCUGGAGGGGCAAUCUCCUUGCACGUGGAACAAGCAGUUUCCAUCAGCAGCAAGAACUUCACAUGAGCAGCAUAAUUCCAAUGCAGAUAGCUUUUCUGGAGGACAAAAAUCAGGAGAUAUCAUUGCAUAGUUUCUGUCUUUAGCAUCAGUUUGGUUACCUACUUCCUCAUCAAAGCAGAACUCCAGAAAAUUUCUGAUCACUGUGUUCUGCCAUCAUCGGGAACAGGAUAAGCUCUUCCCAAUCAACAGGAAACAAAAUCUAGCACCAUGUCCUUUCCAUGACUCCAGAAUGGGUUAUAUGUUUAGGCAUUAAGUCCCUCCUCCUUCCUCCUGCACCAUUAUGGAACAAUAUAAACACUGUAAGAAGAAUUAGAAGAGAAGAAAUAAAAUCAGUGGGAGAGGCAGCUAUAACUAAAGUAUAAAAUACUUUUAUUGUUGAGACAAGCAUGUCAUGCUGUCUAUCUGCUUUUGUAGUUUCAUCCAACUAUACUGAUGGCUGCAUAUUUGUCAACCUCAGUAAUUAUGGUGGUGAGCUUAUGGUUAUGGUGACUAGUUACUUUCUUUGCUAUCUGCACUCUUCUGUAGACAAGCGAGCAGCUGUUCUUCAAAUGAUCUGUUUAUAGAACUUGACUGCUAUUAUGGCAUCUGAUUAAAGACUAACUAAAUUAAACGCCAGGACCUGACAGUCAUCAAGGGAACAGUGAUAGGUGAAGGAAGCGAAGGAACCUGACCAGGGAGGAGUGGAACAUGCUGAACUGGCUGCUCAUGAGACCAUGAAGGGAAGAAGAUUAGAUUGUUCCUGGUGUGAAACCCAACAAGACAACUCAGCAGAAAUCAGUUCAUGCAGACUAAGGGCAUUAUUGCCUACAGGGGUCCAGGACUUACAGGAUUUGGAGGACGGAGAGAAUUUUAGACUUGUUUGGGGAAAAAAAAAAAAUUAAGAGGCUUGUUAUGGGUUGUUCAGUGGAAGGGACAUAGGAGUUGAAAGAGAAGGAUCAAGGAGGAACAAGUGGGAAAAAGAGGGAUAAAAAGGGUGUAAAAGGGUCUGAUCAAGUCCAGUGCUUGAUCACCACAGCCUAUGCUGUAUUCUUAUUAAAUCUGGUUUCUGUGUGAGUGCACAACCUUUUUUGAAUCUGUGUGAGCCAUUAGCCAACUUCAGGAAAGACUAGGAAGCAAGUAGAAUAAGAGGUCUGGGUGUCAGCUAUUGGAGAGAGAGAGACCAUGGGAUGGAGGCACCAGUGCAACUGGCUGCCAUUUGCUGGCAAGACCUGUUUUUAAUGUGUGUGCAUGUAAACUGCUAACAAACUUCAAGCAGACAGGUAGGGGCCGGCAUCUGGAAGGAUGUGAAGUCUGAGCUGGUGAAUGGUUGAGAGGCCUAAGGUCCAGGCCUGGAUGUCAGACGGACAUAAAGUCCACCCUGAUUUUUGAGGGAUCAGUGAUUGUUGAGUGUACUUGUGAAUCAAGAAAGUGAGGGUCUUUGACUGAUGAACUUCAGACCUGAUCAGCUGGAGGGCACAGUCAGGGUUCUGCUCAUGUUACCCAGGAGCUCUGUGUUUAUGUGGGUGCUGGUAAAGGUGCUGCUCUCUACUCACUUGUAUGGCUGGCUGUGUGUGUGUGCACGCCUAUUGGGAAUACAAGCUCUGCCUUUCUCCUGCCUGGUCUUGGAGGAGCAGAAGCACAGCAGGCUCCCAUCUGUCAACAUGGGAUGAGAGGAGACCCCUUGGUCUUAGAGACUACCAAAUUUAGCUCUAGCAGACUGGGGAGAACUGUGGGUCCAAAUUUCCCUGGAUUUGGUUCCCUGAAGCAGUCCCAGGUUUCCUCACCUGCAGUCUCAGUGCCAGCUAAGAAUCCACAGGCAGUACAGAAACUGUGGUGACUUUAGAGUCACUCUGAACCAACUCACAGCCUCAUGGAUAUUUUACAGUGCCUCAGAAUUUUAAUUUAUUCUAUAAUCAGCCUCCGGGUACCCCUUUCACCUAGUGUGGCAGAAAUGCGUUUCCAGUGUAACAGCCUCCAAGUGAAUUGACAGAAAAAUUUCCAUUCCCUGAGGUAAAGAGGUAAUACCAGUUUUUGUCUGCUCAGUUGAGUCCUCCUUUGCUCGUCACUUCAGCAGCUAUCAAAAAACCCUAAGCAUUCCAGAUCAAGAUUCUCAAUAAAGGACUUAAAACAUACUGCCAAAAGAAUUUAUGCUUUGAUGUGCAAAACUGUGACAUAACUGAUGAAUAUUUCAGUGUUGACAAAUGUGUAUAUGUGAACAAUUCUGACAGAUUUAAUCCUUAUAUUUUUCAGGAUUUUUGCUCCCCAGGAUUUCAGGAAGGACUGAUGGUCUAGUAUAGCAGAAAAUAAUCUGCCAUCUGUAUUCUUGUUCAUAGUCUUGGUGAGAUUUCAGGGUAGCUGCCUGUUCAGUACUCACAUUUGUGGCUGUUACUUUUGGUUGCAAUUUAUCCAGGCCUCCCUAAAAGUCUAAUUCAUUGUAGAGGACCUGCUUUUUUACAGAGAUUACCUGAAGAUUGUUCUGCUGAAGAUUCUUGGGCAGCUUUGAGGUCUUAGGUGUUCCGAAUCCCACUGCUCAGAGAAAAUCUUCCUAUCACCCUGUUUGAUUUCCAUACAAAAUUCUCUCUACAACCACCAGCCAGUCUGAAAGCUGCUUGAAGUGAUGGUCAGUGUUUUCUUUGACACAUGGUUACAUCAGCAUUGCACUCUUGGACACUGGAAAGGAAUUAUUCACCUCAGAACAAUUUAACCAAUUUUCAUCAGUGACUAAUGGCUAUUUGUUGCAUUAUGGGUGUAAGCCCUGUUACUGAAUAUCCUUCUCUCCUUCUCAAAAGCACUAGGAGUUUUUACAGGCAUACAAAAAUCUAGCUCCAGACAUUGAUCUCAGAAGAAAGAGAAUGGUACAUCCAUAUCUAGAGGACUUUCAGAACUUGUCAGACUGAUUAUUCUUUUUGUAUUGCAAUGUGCAACUUUGGAUGAAUUUAAAGCAAGUGGAUCUGAUUUUCACUUGGUGAGGUUAACAGCCAGUUAGUCUUGUGUGUAAAGCCUGCAACUAAGUUGAAACCAUUUACUGUUUGAUGUCAGUUUCAUGAAUUUGACUAGUACGAGGCCCAGAUAAAAUCUGAAUUACUCUUCCAAGUUGGGAGCUUUAGGGCAAUGUGUGUGCAAGACUGUUGUGCAAUGUUCUCACUCUCUUCCUGUUUAUAGACACCUCCUUCCUCAAGUGGGGAGUACUCUACAUAGUAAAGGAUUCAAGAUGUUUGCAUUUGGGGAAGAAUGUAUGUAAUUUAAAGCUAAGGCAUCUGUCCAUACCUGUCACUUAUUUUUGUCAUGUGUUAUAAAACUGCAUAUUCACAUAGUCAGUGAUGUUGUCUGCCAUUUGUUUCUCACCUAUAAGCAGGCUAGCACAGUAUUACCCAACCAGUUUCUCAUGUAGAAGCAGCUUCUCAUGAAACAUGCAGAUGGAUUGUCAAUUUUUGGAUUGUACAGAAAGGAACAAAUUUUUCUUUCCAUGUUUGUCUUUGGGAACCUUUAGCUUCUUUGGCUGACCAUGUCAGUUGCUGUCAGUUGCCAGAUUAUGAUGGAGAGAUACUUAAUAAUAUUGUCUCCCUACGUUUUGGACUGGAGAUGCUCUGAAGAGUCUUUUUACUCCACGGAUUGGAUUUUCCAGGCCAGAAACAUUCUUCUUUGAAGAGUGCUGCCAGUUGGUUUUCUGAACGCGUGGCAGAGAAAGUUGAUAAAAAUUGUUUCCUCAAACAACAUAAGAGUGAGAGACUUUUUUCUUCCAGGAAUAGUCCAGGUGGUUUGGUAUCAGACUAUUUUAAUCUGCAUCCCUUGAUUUAGCAGGCCCAGAAUUCUAUCUGUUUCCAGCUUUUAUUUGAAUGCACUGACGUCCAAAGUCAGCAUCCACAUUUCAGGAUGUUUGAUCAGAUAGUUUGGAUGCUGGUGGGGUUUUGGACUUAUAAUUAAAUUUCUUUCCUGACUAGGGUUCUUCACAGCAGAGAACAGUCUAGAGAAGGAGUAAAUAGUCAAGAUUUGUGAUUUGAUAUUCUGCCUGCCUCAGUUUCCUUUCCUCACUUUCGUAUGGGAAAUUUUAGACUGCUUGUCUGUGUUGAAAAGUUAUUUUUUUCUCUCUUAGCUCAGUUGAAGUCCAGUUAUCAACAGCUUCAGCUUUACUUUCUUCUUUACAGUAUUUUCCAUUUCUUUUUCCAUUCAAUAACUGAGUGAUUUCUGAAGAGUCUAAUUAGUGUUUUUCCCCUCUAAUUAAGGACCUCAGUUCCUCAAUUUAAACUCUUACCAGAAAACCCUUUGAGUCUUUUCUUAAUCUGUUCCAUCCUCCGUUUAUUGAUAAAAUAGCUCAUUUCUGAUAUAAGGGCACUUUUUGCAGAUGAGGCCAUUCUUAGAACUUGUUGCAAAUUGUAACCUAAGGUUAUACUGGAGUGUGGUUUGUUCAUUUGUUUUUUUCUCAAAACUAAAAGUUUAAAAUUGUUCACCUUACUUUUGAUGACAAGGAAAGAUCCUAUGUGAGGAUUUGUUUACAUCUAUUGCACAGUCAUUCAAGGGGUUGUAUUUCAACACAGUUUCUAAUUGGAUAACUGUAUAUGAAUGUGCUGUAAGGUAGUUAAAAAAAGCAGUAUUUGCUUUGAUUAGAGCUCAUUAAGCCAGCACUCAGCUAUAUCAGUGGCAUUCAUCAGAAUCUUGCCAGUGCAUAAUGUUUGUAAGGCUGUCAGUGGAGCUCCAUUCACACUUUGAGUGCUAAACACUGUCAUUGAAGUUGAGGAAAUAAUGCCACUUUUGAGAGAGCAGUACCUUAAUUAGAUGGAGACUGUGGGACUAUGUCUUCUGACUUAGCAUCAGCAGAGUACUGCUGAAAGCCGCCCACGCAGUGAAUGUGCGUAUAGAGUAUUGUUCCAAAUCUGUUGUCUGUACAUGCAAACCCUUCCCAUCUCUCUUUCCCCAGAGUCCUGUUUAAAUUUUGGAUCACUAGAUUGGGAGGGGAAGGAUAUACUCCAAUCCUUUCAUGACUGUGAUGUACCAAGGGUGGAGUGGGAUUUGAAGUGUCCCUUCUGGAUCUUCUGUGAUAGCAUUGUCUUCACAGUAUUUGAAAAACUCUAUUUCCCUUGGUCUCCUGGCAGCUUUUACACCUGCUGUAUUCUCCAUUCCCAUUGCUAUUACAUAGAUUGACUGAAUACUGCACUUCUGUUGGUGCAGUCAUCCAAAGCUGACUGUGGUUCCAGAUGUGGGAAUACAAGAUUCAAGAUAAAAUCUCCACCUAAGACUUAGUGCAGCUUUUCAAAGUUUCAAAGUGGAUAAUGCUUAAGUACAAUGCUUAUGCCCAUGAUAAAACAUCCAAACACAGUGGGAGCAAAAAUGAGCUGAGUUGAAUCAGCUCUGGUUCUAGCAUUUGCCAGAAUCCUUCAAGACUGUGUUUCUCUGCAAUCCUUAGUUAUUUCCAGAAUCUAGGAAUUGAGGAGCCACUCUUUAUGGUUCUGCUGCAGGUUACCUAGGGAUUUUGUCCCACUGCCCAUUAAUAGUAAAUGAUUCUCUCCCUCCCACAUUCUUCUUCAAAGUUUCCAGUGUCUUUCCUUCCAUCUUUCCUGGUUUCUCAACUGCAAUAUACGUUACUGCAUCUUUAUAUUAAAAACACUGGUUUUUUAUUCUCCUUACUUCUGUUAGCCUUAGAGAAAGCUUUGAAGGAUUCUGUCCUAGAAGAUUGACCUGCCCAGUGCUAUCUUUUCCUAGACAAGGCUGAGGAUUCAUCUGAUACUUUUACCAUGGGCUAUUUUUUUACUUUCAUGUCAGCCAAUAUACAAACUUGCCUCCCAUUUUUUCCUGUACUGCUGAUCUCUGGGAUUUGGGCAAGGUUUUGACUCAUGGAUAUCAUGCUUGUGUUUAUGUAAACAGUAUUUUUCUGUACGUAGAACAGAAGCCUUCAGAAAGAUCUCAUGUCUCUUCCUCUCAAAUGACCUUGGUGGGAUUUUCAGAGGAAUAUCUGUUUCUGAAAUUAUGAGGACAUCUA